AUGCAGCCAAACUCUGAAGCCAAUGGGACAGCCAUUACUGAGUUCAUCCUGCUGGGCCUGGUGGAAACACCAGGGUUGCGACCACUUGUCUUUGUGCUCUUCCUCUUUGCCUACAUGGUCACAGUCGGGGGCAACCUCAGCAUCCUGGCAGCCAUCUUGGUGGAGCCCAAACUCCACACCCCCAUGUACUUCUUCCUGGGGAACCUAUCAGUGCUGGACGUGGGGUGCAUCAGUGUCACUAUUCCCUCAAUGCUGAGUCGUCUCUUGUCCCACAAGCGUACAAUUCCCUAUGGAGCCUGCCUCACACAGCUCUUCUUCUUCCAUCUCCUGGUUGGGGUGGACUGCUUCCUGCUAACAGCUAUGGCCUAUGACCGUUUCCUGGCCAUCUGUCAACCUCUCACUUAUAGUACACGCAUGAGCCAAGUAGUACAAAAAAUACUGGUUGCCAUGUCCUGGGCUUGUGCCUUCAGCAAUGCACUGACCCACACUGUGGCCAUAUCCACACUCAACUUCUGUGGUCCCAAUACUAUCAAUCACUUCUACUGUGACCUCCCACAGCUCUUCCAGCUCUCCUGUUCCAGCACCCAACUCAAUGAGCUGCUACUCUUUGCUGUGGGGUUCAUAAUGGCAGGCUCCCCCUUGGCUCUCAUUGUCACUUCCUAUGCCCACGUGGCAGCUGCAGUUCUACGAAUCCGUUCAGUGGAGGGCAGGAAGAAGGCUCUCUCCACAUGUGGCUCUCACCUUACUGUAGUCACUAUAUUCUAUGGGACAGGUAUCUUCAACUACAUGCGGUUAGGUUCAGUCAAGCUCUCAGAUAAGGAUAAAAUUGUUGGAAUUUUUAACACUGUCAUCAACCCCAUGCUGAACCCUGUUAUCUACAGUCUCAGGAACUCAGACGUGCAGGGUGCCCUCUGGCGAGUGUUCAUGGGAAGGCGGUCACUGGCCUGA